GUGUGAGUGUGUAUAUGAGCUCUGACAGCAGUUGUGAUACAGCAGUAGGAGCAGCAGCACAGGGAGGAUGGUCAGACAUAUGUUUUCUCAUCUUGUACUACUCUGGUCUCUCAGCCAUGACCUCUAUGUAACUGGACUGACCCAACACAAACCAGAGGAGGGGUCCUGGAACAACCAGAGUCUCUCCUCUGUCCCGGUGGAUUUGGAUGUAAGGCUGAGAAGACUAGACCUGUCCAAUAACUUCAUCAGACAGUUGCACACACUUGCUCUGCCAUACUUGGAACAGCUGGAUCUGAGCUCCAACCAGCUGGAUCUCAUCUCCGAAGGGGCUUUUGAAAACCUGGCUCAACUUGAAGAGUUGAAUUUGUCCAGAAAUGCGCUGAACAACAACCUUGGCAGUAACACUAAAGCUUUCCGAUCCAUCAGCAGACUGAGGAGUUUGGACAUUUCAGUGAAUGGGUUGAGUGAUGACGCAGCGGAGCUGUACCUACGAAACAAACCUUCUCUUGAGCGACUUAAGAUGAUGGGAAAUGCUUUAAAAAGACUUUCACGCUACAUGUUCAAGGGGAGUGAAGGUUUGAAGUUGAUUAAUAUGGAAGAUAAUCUGAUAUCAGUGAUAGAGAAAGGCACUUUUGAACCACUGUCACAAUUAGAGAUCUUAAAUUUGGCCAGAAAUAACCUUGCAAAGAUCUGUGAUUUUCAACUAAAUCAACUUAAACACCUGAAUCUAAGUAGAAAUUCUCUUGAGUUCUUUGUUACUAGUGAGAACGACAAGCAGUAUAGGCUUGAAACACUUGAUCUAAGUCACAACAAACUUCUUUAUUUUCCAAUCGUUCCAAAGAUGAACAGUUUGAGGUAUCUUUACUUACAGAAUAACAUGGUUGGGGCUUUAAAUUCAGAGGCUAUGAUGGUGUCUGAGGCCAAUGCGCUUUAUAGAAAGGUCAUGAGAGAGAGUACAGUAACAAAGAAUAACCUACACUCAAACUGGAGGCAUAUGCCUCUGAUUUAUAUUGACCUGAGCUACAACCACUUCACAUCUUUUCCCUUGGAGACUUUGAGCCUUUUGUCAUCUUUACAAAGUCUGAAUUUCAGCUACAACUGUCUGCAAAACAUCAUCUGGAACGUUAGAAAUCAUGAUGAACCAGGAGACCCUCGACAGCUUUUCUUUCCCUCCUUAAAGUAUCUUGACCUGCAAAGCAACGGACUUGAAUCUGUUUCCCCGCUGUUUCUUAAAGCGCUCACACAAAUAGAGACUUUAGAUCUGCAGGACAACUCUGUGAAACCUUGUGCUUCUCUGGAUGAUCUUCAAAGCUCCCAAUCAACACAGCAAAUACAACUCAAUACUUCCUGUGUUUCCUUUGGUCAGCUAAGGUCCCUUAAACAUCUCAAUCUUAAGGAAAACAACAUUAAAACGCUUCAGCCAGAUUCAUUUAAAAAGAACUCUUUGGUCUCUCUUAACCUUGGGAGAAAUCCAGAUUUGAUUAUGAGAGUUGGUGCAUUUGAGGGUGUGCAAAACAGCCUUGAGUCCUUGAUUCUCAGUGAAGUAAACAUGAACACUUCUGAUUUAUCUUUACCUUGCAUGCAAGCAUUAGCUCACUUGAACAUUUCUAACAACCAUCUAGAUCUCCUUCCUGGCAGUUUAAGCUGCUCUCCUUUGAGAGAACUUGACCUAAGAAAUAAUCACUUCAAGUCCUUAAACCAUUCUUUAAUUCUUGCUAUGUCUGCACACCUUCAUCUCAUGUACAUCAGUGGGAAUCAUUUAAACUGUUGUGACAGUAAAUGGCUAAUAGACCUACACAAGUUCAACAUUUCCCUGCCUGAUAUUAACAACACUGUCUGCUUUACAAGUGAGGGAUUUAUCAGGAUGACAGAGUAUCUAAAUAACCCUGAAGUGGCUUGUUUGAUUCAUUCAAAUGCACAGGAACUUCACUUUGGGCAGAUGGUGGUAAUAGUUGUAUUUAUAACUGUAUUGAUUACAGCACUGAUUAUGUUCACAAAAAGACUGUGUUGUACGGACAAGUCACUCAUAGUCUGAUGUUUCAAAUCUAACCCUGAAAGAUUAACAUUAGUGUCUUUUACAUGUAUACUGUACAAAUGAACACACUUGAUUUAUAUAUUCUGAGACAAUAAAAAAAAUCUCACAUGGAAGCAACAAUUGUUGUGCAAUGCAUCCUGGGUUGUGAUGUAAAAUGUUGCUUUGUUGUCUGUACCAUAUUUUUUCUUAUGGCAUGUCAGCUUUAACAUCCUAAGUCCCUGCAUGUGCAUAUGAGGAAAUAACAUAUGGUUUUACUACAACUUAGUAAUUGUUCAGAAUGUCCUUUGCUUGGAAUGUAAGAUUUUGCUGUAAGGUUUUUAUGAAUUUUCAAGGAAAUUUUGGGAAAUUUGCUUGGAAAUUCGAUUAUUUUCAGGGAAAUUAUUGUUUGGAUAUUUUAGAGACUUAUAUUGGGAGUUAGUUUAGCUAGAAAUUAGUUUUGAAAUCAUUUUGCAUUUUCAUGGGAAUUUGGAAAAUUUGUUUCAAUGUUUGGGGGAAUUUGGAAAUUUUGGGGGAAUUUUUUUGUGCAUUUUUGGGUUUUUGAUUGAGAAUUUGGGGCAAGGGUGUAUUCUUUGAAUUUUUUAAGAAUUUUUCGUGUAAUUUUAGGGAAUCUAUUUUUGAGAAUUUGAUCAAAAUAUAAGGGGAAAUUUGAUUUAUACUUGUCUGGAAUUUUCAUGAAAUUCAUGGGGAACUUGUUUCAAAAUUUGAAAUAAUUUUUAGGAAAAUUCCAGGCAAUUUGUUUGGAUGCUUCUGGGAAUUUUCCACCAUUUUCAUGGAAUAUUGGGAAAUGUAUUCUAAAAUUUUUAUGAGAAUUAAAUUAGAAAUGUUAGGAUUACUUCCUUGAUUCUUUUCAUUGAAUUGUUUAGAUUUUUCUGAGAAUAUUUCCUCCCUUUUUAUGGUAUUUUGGGAAAUGUUUACAUCAUUUUUUUGAGAAUUUGAUGAAAGAUUUUGGGGGUAAUUUUCUUGAUAUAUUUCAGGAAUUUUUGUGGAUCUUUUGGGGGGAAAUUAUUAUUAUUGAAAUGUUUAGGCUUAUGAUAAAGUUUUCCCAAAACAUUUGGAAGAUAUUUAAAGAAAAUAUGGGGUAAUUUUUUUGGGAUACUUUAAAAAUAUGUUGAAGAAAAAACAGAAAUUGUAGUUUUUUAUUUUAGGGAAUUUUUGUGGAUUUUGUAAGGGAAAAUUUCCAAGAAAUUCUGAACUUUUGAAAUUUGUUCAUGCUUGGCUUUAACCAGUCCUUGUGGUCGAUCAAAAUAAGAAGAAAAGCAAAUUCACCAUCUCUCUGAGACUGACACCAUUUCUUACUGACUGAAGACCCCCAACAUCUGGCCGACACUACCUCGUUUGACCAAUCUUCAUGCACUUGUCAUAUUUUAAAUCUGUCAUUCUUUCUGCCACAGUCAGCCAGUUGUUUCAGUAUGGACGCUGCAACCCUCCUCCACCUCAGCCACCUCCAUUCAAAUAACCAACAUCUAGUCUAGAGCCUCAAAGGUCUUCUGCUCAUCUCAUCCUGUAUACCUCAGUCUCCUCCUCCAAGCCGCCUCAUUGAUUCCUGGUCCCCCCUCUCAGAAGUCUACUCCUCUUUUGAUCUUGCAUCCCUCAUCAACACCACCAGUACUAUUCCUGCUGUUUGCCUCACUAUCCCUUCAAGUAAAUGAAGUCAUUAUGAUGAAAUCUAAUCACCAAAGACAUUGUACAUUUCUCUUUCAUGACAUUUACAAAAUAAAUUAUUUUAAAACUUGUACUAAGUCCCUGAUUAGAAAAUGAUGUUGCAUUUUGAGUGGAAUAUUCAAUAUUCCUCAGCAGCAUUGGGGCUAAUGCAGUACAGAGCAAUACACUAGUGUACUCAGAUUACUUUUUGUUGCCUUUGCAACCCUCAGCAAGGAUUUAAAAGGCACUAUACUCUCUGGAGGCUGAAAAAUGAGUGCGUACCCUCUGUAUACUUGUGCAACUGUAGCAGUUUUGCCAGAAGGAUGAAAAUGUUUGUUAGCUUUAAAACAAAACAUGUAUUGAAGUGACUGAAAAACAGUGAAAAUAACUGCCUGAUAAGCAAACACUUUCAGGGGGGUAUACUCAGACCCUCCUAAGUCAGAGCUAAGCCCUGGAUCUUUAAUACUUCUGGCUACUGCUAAAUAAAGUCAGAAGCCAAAUACUUUUGGUAAGCAAGCUGUAGCAAGUGAGCCAAAGCUGCUGUUGAGUUUCAAUUUCCUUUAAACAAAAGUUUGGAUUAAUGGCUUCUGAGACUGAACAAACUAACAGACUCUUAAUCAAUGAAAUGCAGCACAAUCUUCGUCAUUUGGCGUACAAUUUUAAUCUGAAUUUCCUACAAGCUCCAUUAAAACGUUUUUUUAUGUCUCCCUUGUUAAUCUUGAUGACGUGCAUUAGUAGUGGUGGCCUCUGUAGCCAAAAUGUGAUAGCUCAAAUUGGCUUUAUUGACUCUCAAGUCAUUUGGUUUUGGUGCAUGCCAAAUUCACUAAUCAGGCAGGGAAUACUUCGCCCAUCCUUCUUUGUGAAAUGUUUGUAAGUCUAACUUUGGCCCAGAUGUUUCUGACGUCUGAAGGCCUGCAAAACCUUCCCAGAAUGUUGACAGAGCUCCUGAAAUAUUCAGUAUCAUGCCAAAAUAUGACCUUGUACAAGUUAAUCCUAUUUAUAUGAUAAAAAUACAUGUUUAUCCUUUCUUGUUGGUACCUUAUAAUUCAUAAUUUGUGGCUAUGACCCUGAGAGAAUGUCAUCAAAUAUAAUAGCUAAUGUGCUGCUGUAAUAAA